AUGCCUUCCGGCUCGGCCUCCGACCCGCUGCUCUCGCGCGCCGACGGCAGCAGCAUGGAGGACGACGACGGCAUCGACGCCGCGGCGGUGGACCACCGCGGCCGGCCCGCCCCCCGCGCCUCCACCGGCCGCUGGCGGUCGGCGCUCUUCAUCAUUGAUGAUCGGGAUCGGAACGUGCGUGCAGCGGUGGAGAUCGCGGAGCGGUUCUCGUUCUACGGCGUGUCGGCGAACCUGAUCAGCUACCUGACGGGGCCGCUGGGCGAGAGCAACGCCAAGGCCGCGUCCGCCAUCAACGCCUGGAACGGCGUGGCGCAGCUGCUGCCGCUGCUCGGCGCCGCCCUCGCCGACUCCUGGCUCGGCCGCUACCGCACCAUCCUCAUCGCCUCCCUGCUCUACAUCCUGGGUUUAGGAAUGUUGGCUCUCUCGACAUUGCUCUCCUCCGGCAAUCACAAAUGCAGCAACACCGACGGCGGCACGCCCUGCUCGCCGCCGUCCAGUCUGCAGAUGGCCGCGUUCUACACCUCCCUCUACCUGGUGGCCCUCGCGCAGGGCGGGCACAAGCCGUGCGUACAGGCCUUCGGCGCCGACCAGUUCGACGCGAGCCACCCGCGGGAGGCCGUCUCCCGGAGCUCCUUCUUCAACUGGUGGUACUUCGGCAUAUGCGCCGGCACCGCCGUCACGCUCGUGUUCCUCAGCUACAUCCAGGACAACAUCGGCUGGGGCCUCGGCUUCGGCAUCCCCUGCGUCGUGAUGGCCUGCGCCCUCGCCGUCUUCUUGCUCGGCACCCGCACGUACCGCUACUACGUCUCCGACGGCAAGCAGCGGAGCCUGUUCGCUCGUACCGGCGAGGCUUUCGCCACGUGGCGGACCAAGCGGCGGAAGUUGAGUCCCCUUGCAGCCUCCGAUUCGCAUGAAGCUCAUCGUGCGGCAACAUCGGUGCCGGAAUACAGUGCUCAGGUCGACGAGGAAGAGCAGGGGGUGGUGAUCAGCAACGCGGACCUCAUCGAGGAAGUCAAGGGCGUCCUCCGGCUGUUCCCGAUCUGGGCGACGUGCCUGAUCUACGCCGUGGCGUUCUCCCAGUCGUCGACGUUCUUCACGAAGCAGGCGGCGACCCUCGACCGGCACGUCGGCAAGCGAGUCCAGGUGCCGCCGGCGGCGCUGCAGAGCUUCAUCAGCAUCACCAUCGUGCUCUUCAUGCCCAUCUACGACCGCGCCAUCGUGCCGCUGGCGCGCCGCUGCACCGGCGUCUCCUCGGGCAUCACCAUGCUGCAGCGCAUCGGCGUCGGGAUGGUGCUCUCGCUCGUGUCGAUGGUGGUCGCGGCGCUCGUGGAGACGCGCCGGCUCCGGAUCGCGGCGGACGCCGGCCUGGCGGACCUGCCCAAGGUGCCGGUCCCGAUGAGCCUGUGGUGGAUGGUGCCGCAGUACGUGCUGUUCGGCGCGGCGGACGUCUUCACCAUGGUCGGCCUGCAAGAGUUCUUCUACGACCAGGUGCCCGACAAGCUGCGCAGCAUCGGGCUGGCGCUCUACCUCAGCAUCUUCGGCAUCGGCAGCUUCAUCAGCAGCGGCCUCGUGUCGGGCAUCGACAAGUGGACGUCGGAAAGGGGGCAGAGCUGGUUCUCCAACAAUCUCAACCGCGGCCACCUCGACUACUUCUACUGGCUCAUCGCCGCGCUCAGCGCGCUCGAGCUUGUGGUGUACGUCUUCUUCGCCGUAACUUUCAAGUACAAGAAGAAGGCAGCAUCAGCUACCGUUGGUUAG